AUGUCAGAUUCAUUAAUAGAUUUAGAUUUUGAAACUACAGCAGAAAAUCCAUCAUCAAAUGUAUUACCAUUAGGCACUGAUGCAUUACUAUCCUACUCUUCACCAAAAAGCGAAAAGAAGCAACAAGAUAACAAAAACCAAUCAAAAGAAAACACAACUAACGAAAACAACGAUUUAUUUGAUGACUUGGGUAUUCAAAAUCAUUCAGACAAAGUUCAAACAGACUCUAAUGCUAAGCCUUUAACAGAAUCUGAAAUUUUAUCAAAAUUCUCUUCACCAAAGCAGUCAAAA